AUGAGCGCAGAUCCCAUCAAUAUAAUAGUCGGUGCAGAUCUUUACGGCGUCCUUAUAGUUGACGGACUUCGCAAGGGAGCGGUCGGACAGCCGAUCGCUCAAAACUCAGUGCUAGGAUGGGUGAUCUCAGGGCCCAUCCCACCUUCAAAGGUGGAGUCGCAUAUUACGUCGGUCGCAUCAUCGGAACAACCGCCCCUCCGGGUGAGCGCACAUCACUGCCUUAAUCUGUCCCUCGAUCAAGAGCUUAGAAAAUUCUGGGAGGUCGAGGAACUUCCGCAUAAGACACAUCUUAACCCGGAAGACGAGCAAUGUGAGGAGCAUUUUCGCCGCACCCACUCACGUUGUCCCGAUGGCAGAUACAUGGUCCGUCUUCCGUUUAGGGCCGGUCCCCCUAUCGAAAUAGGGCGUUCUCGAGGUGUCGCCGAGCACCAUCUCAAAGGCUUAGCUCGAAGAUUAGAUGCUCAUCCGGAGCAGAAACGGGAGUAUUCCGAAUUUUUACGCGAUUACGAAACCCUCGGGCAUAUGAUCGAGGUGCCCGCUUCAGAUGACGCGGACGAGCAACGCGUUUACAUUCCGCAUCACGCGGUCAUGCGCGAAAGUAGUGCCACGAGUCAUCUGCGCGUCGUCUUCAACGCGUCUUGCGCAACGUCAAACGGGUCCUCGUUAAACGACCAUCUCCUGGUCGGACCCAAACUUCAACCUGAUCUAUCGGUUAUCAUCCUGCGAUGGCGACUAUUCAAGUACGUGUACACGGCCGACAUGACUAAAAUGUAUAGGCAAAUUCGUGUCGACCCGCGUGAUGUAACGUAUCAACGCAUUCUUUGGCGCGAACGUCCUACUGAUCCGCUUCGCGAAUACAUCCUUCUCACCGUCACAUAUGGCACCGCGGCCGCUCCGUACUUAGCGCUUCGCGUACUCGAUCAGUUGGUAAACGACGAAGGACAGGCAUUUCCCUUAGCUGUUCUCAUACUCCAGAAAGGGAAAUAUAUCGACGAAACUCUCUUCGGCGCGCAUCGCCUCGAGGACCUCCGUAUCGCCCGCGAUCAACUCAUCGCCCUCCUACGGAAAGGUGGCUUUGAGUUAAGGAAAUGGGCCAGUAAUAAUUCGGAGCUUUUGUCGGACAUUGAUCCCGCGAAUCACGGACUCGCGUGCAACAAAAUUUUGAAAACAGAUGAAAGUUUGAAAAUCCUCGGGGUCAGUUGGAACCCUGCGCUCGAUAUCUUUCAAUUUCAGACGGCUACCGACGCCCCUGCUCCGCAAACAAAGCGAUCGAUUCUCUCCGCGAUCGCGAAACUGUUUGACCCGCUCGGGUGGGUGACUCCCGUCACGAUUACCGCAAAAAUUUUGAUGCAACGGUUGUGGCGUCUUAAGUUCGAGUGGGACGACACGCUCCCUCAUGACAUAUUGCGCGAGUGGAAACCGAUUUACAAUCAAUUAUCCGCGCUCAACGAGCUCCACUUGCCGCGGUGGACCGGUCAAGAGUCGGACUCUGAUCGUUGCGAACUGCACGGCUUCGCCGAUGCGUCUAACGUCGCGUACGCCGCCGCUGUCUACCUGCGUGUAAUUUCCAAAUCUGGCCGUACAACCAUAUCUCUGCUUAUGGGAAAAUCGAAAGUCGCUCCGGUGAAAACGUUAAGCGUUCCCCGAGGAUUGCCGGAGUCAAUGCAUUCCGAUAACGGAACUACGUUUGUCGGAGCCGACAAGGAACUAGUCAAGGCAUACCGAGCGGCAGUAAACGAUCCCAAUUUCUUAAAUGCCAUCGCCUCCGAUAAUGUACAAUGGCACUUCCUCCCCCCGUCCGCACCGCAUUUCGGCGGUCUCUGGGAGGCCGGCGUACGCAGCGUAAAGUACCAUCUUCGCCGAGUUCUUAAGAAUCACACGCUAACAUUCGAAGAGCUUACGACUCUGCUAUGCCGGAUCGAAGCCUGCUUAAAUUCGCGUCCUCUCGCACCGUUAAGUGAUACGUUAGACGAUUAUGAAGUACUGACCCCCGGUCAUUUCUUAAUCGGGUCCGCGCUCACAGUCAAUCCGGAACCCUCGUUAUUAAACGUCAACGAGAAUCGCUUGUCACGCUGGCAAAUCAUCCGUCACAUCACCGAGCGGUUUUGGCGGCUGUGGCAGACGGAAUACGUUAGCACCUUGCAGCAACGCGUCAAAUGGCGAAGAUUACAAGCGCCAGUGAAGAUCGGGCAACUCGUCUUGUUACGAAAUGCCACUUUACCUCCCU